UGAUUAUAGUUGUCAUGAACACAAAUGUCAUGCAUGAGACUGUAAACGUAAACAAAGAGUGCGAGAAUUCGGUAGUUGAGUCUUAGUUUAUUUGUGGUAGUAAGAUAUACUAAAGUGUUAAGUGUUUCUAAAGUAUAUUAAUUCUUUUCAUUAUUGGAAUGUAAUAAAUAUAUUAAAAAUAAUUUUUGAUUUCACCAAUUUUAGUAAAAUUAUAGUGGUGUCAAUAUUUACUCAAAAAUAAAUACUGAAAUGACCGAAUAUUUAACUAGUUUUGCUAACACUUUGGAUGAUUUUUUUAAAGGACUUUCAGAUUGUGGACUCAUGACCAGCUAUACAGUUCAGCUUCAGUCAAAUGUUGCCAGUGUAGAAACUGUGCUAAAAUUCAGAACAAUAAUCCAAGAAUUGAUUAAAAACUUACAAAGCCUGCUAUCCAGUAUCCCAAGUGUACAGUCAGCAGAAGCCAGCACUCAGACAUUAGAAGAUACUACAGAGGUAGUAGUUACUUGCCACCCCAUCAGCUUGGCAACUCUGACCAGUGCUCAGAUAUUACCAACCCCAAGGAAAGAUGUUUCAAAGGAAUGUGAUGAUGAAGAAUCAAACGAAGAGUGUAUUCCUCUUAGAAACUGUCGAGUGACAUCAGUCAGCAAACCGGACACGCCUCCAGUGAUGUCAUCAAUAGAAAUAUGUCAACUUAAACCUCUACUUAUAGAAACUAACGAAAACUUUUCUGAACUGGUAAACAUACAAUCUCAGGACAACAGGAAAGAUGAUAAAAUUAAAGUAGAAAAUGUAGUUCACAUCGUUGUAGAAGCUUCAAACAAUAAUUCAAAUUUUGAAGGAACCAGUGAUACAAAUAUAGUGAAGUUUGAACAACUGCAAUGUUUGGAAUGUGACGUACAGUUCAAGAGCCGGGAGGAGCUGAAGGAACAUCUGCAAAGUCGUCACAGUCUGCAACAGCAUAUGCAGAUCUGUAACAUGUGUGACAAGAUUUUCAGCUGUUUGCAAAGUCUACAAGAACACUGCAGGAGAGAACAUGAUGGAGUUGGCUGCUUCAUGUGCACGACUUGCAACAAGCGGUUUAUGACCAAACUGAGCUUCACCAGGCACUUGGAUACGCACAAGGGGAAAAAAGAAGCAAUCUGUGAUCUAUGUGGGAAGGCCUUCAGUCGAGCGGACUAUCUCCAGACCCACUACUCCAUACACUUGGGAAAACGCAAUUACGCAUGUUCUCAGUGUCCUAGGAAAUUUGUGCGCAGUAUUCAUCUGAGAGCUCAUGAAAAGAUUCACAGUGGAGUCAAAGAUCAUGUUUGUAAAGUCUGCAACAAAGGAUUUGUACGGAGUGACAAGCUGAAGGAACAUAUGCUGAGACACUUGAACAUCAAACGUUUCCAGUGUCCUGUUUGUCAACGUGAUUAUGCUGAGAAAAGGGAUCUUAAAGUACAUCUUAAAUCACAUUCCAAAUAAAGAUUUUAUUUUCUC